GUUGUUCCGUCAACCUAUCCGUGACAAAUGGUACUGUAAUAACAAAGAUCUGUGUUAAGGGAAAGCAGAGUUCACGAUUCGGGUACACUGGCCGUUCUUCAGAACCGAUUUUCUGGGAAGUCAUCAGUGAUGAACAUGGCAUUGACCCUACGGGAACCUACCGUGGAGAGAGUGAUUUGCAACUGGAGAGAAUCAAUGUCUACUACAAUGAAGCCACAGGUGGUAAGUUUGUGCCUCGUGCUGUCCUUGUAGACCUGGAACCUAGUACCAUGGAUUCUGUUCGUUCUGGACCCUUUGGACACCUUUUCAGACCAGAUAAUUUUAUGUUUGGACGUAGCAGUGCCUCUAACAACUGGGCCAAGGGUCAUUACACUGAAGGAGCUGAAUUGGCUGACUCUGUCAUGGAUGUAGUGAGGAAGGAGGCUGAGGGAUGUGAUUGCCUCCAGGGAUUCCAGCUUACCCAUUCACUGGGUGGUGGUACUGGUGCUGGCAUGGGUGUCCUUAUCCUCAACAAGAUCCGUGAAGAAUACCCCGACAGAAUGAUGCUCUCUUUCAGUGUUAUUCCUUCACCCAAAGUAUCGGACACUGUGGUAGAGCCGUAUAAUGCAACUCUAUCAAUUCACCACCUUAUAGAGAAUACAGAUGAGACCUUCUGUAUUGAUAAUGAGGCUCUGCAUGACAUCUGUUUCCGAACUCUCAAACUCACAACUCCCACUUAUGGUGACAUGAACCACCUUGUGUCAGCUACCAUGAGUGGUGUAACAACCUGUCUACGUUUCCCCGGUCAGCUCAAUGCUGACCUGCGUAAACUAGCAGUGAACAUGGUCCCCUUCCCCCGCCUACAUUUUUUUGUGCCAGGGUUCACUCCUCUGACUAGCCGUGGUACCCAGCCAUAUCGUGCCCUCACAGUACCUGAGCUUACCAAGCAAAUGUUUGAUGCCAAGAACAUGAUGGCAGCCUGUGACCCUCGACAUGGCCGCUAUCUGACUGUUGCUGCUAUUUUCCGAGGCCGCAUGUCCAUGAAAGAGGUGGAUGAACAGAUGUUAAACGUCCAGAACAAAAACAGCCCUUAUUUCGUGGAAUGGAUCCCCAACAAUGUCAAGACUGCUGUCUGUGACAUCCCACCAAGAGGCCUUAGAAUGGCAGCCACCUUCAUUGGCAACACAACAGCCAUCCAGGAGCUGUUCAAGCGCAUUGGUGAGCAGUUUUCUGCAAUGUUCCGGAGGAAAGCCUUCUUACAUUGGUAUACUGGUGAGGGCAUGGAUGAGACGGAGUUCACAGAGGCUGAAGCUGACAUGCUGGAUCUGAUAGCUGAAUACCAGUACUAUCAGGAAGUUCCAGUGAAUGAGGGGGCUCGGUAUUAUGUUGAUGAUGAUGAAGAGUCCUGAACACCAUCAUUUUGAGCUCCAGAUUCUUUACAGGCCUCUCCAAAUAGGUCCUCCCUCUCCUGCACUGUUCACAUGAUCUCAUCUCGAUAGUAAUGGAGCAAUUAAAAUCGCCUGACUGUACUCAAAGUAUUGACUUGUUGAAGAGUUGAAACAAUGUGUGCAGUUGAAGUAUAUUAACCGUACAACCAGAAGCCCUGUGAUCUGUCUUAGUCAGCUAUCCCACAGCACUUCCUAUAAUACAACUCCAGAAUCCUUGAAACCAAGUAAUGCAAUGGCAAAGGUUACUUUAUAUCACGGUGCAGAAUUCUCAUACGAACUAGAAGCAGGGCAGGCUGCUCUACCCCUCAGGCCUGGUCCACCAUUCAAUAAGAUCACAGCUGAUCUGAUUACUCCUGC